AUGCUUAGCACAGUUUUAUCGGGGUCGCAGGACGCUGAGCCGAGGACUUCAUCGGUCAAUCCCACAGUCUUUACUUCGCGGCAAUCCUCCUUCGGUUUCCGCUUGUUAACUGACAUCUCUUUGAAGAAUGGUCCUUUGUUUUACCAUACUUCAGGCCAGCCGAACGUCUCUGAUGCCACUUCUCCUCUCUGGUCCAGUGAAACUCCAUUUGUUCCUCCUGUGCCGCAAGCCGACUUCGAGUUGACAGAUGAAUCAGUCUUCGUAAUCGUCCAACCGCUCCGACCCCCUGAUUUGGUAGCUGCUCAACUCAACUAUCCGUUGGCAUGUGCCUCCAUUAAUGGGCACAUGCCCAUUAGAAUCGAACCUGCUGGCUGGCUUGCUUUGGACAUGACAAGUCAGGCCCUGUUGAGACAUUUGGACGGCCGCCACAGUCUAGCUGGGCUGGCAGAUGCAACCGGUCUGGACGAGAGUCUAGCUCGUCUCUGUCUGGCACACCUAAUGCGCGCCGGUGUUGUUCGAGCUUUGCCAGCCAGUUUUCCCUAUGCUCUUGGAUCCGGGUCGUCUUCUUGUGGUACCCAGACAAAUGUCUCUUCGUCCCAAGCCUCGACAUCGGGGCCGACAGACGCUUGCCAAAUCACUGAGCUGCAAUCGAGUCUUUUUCUUCGGUCAACAGGGUCUAGCAAAGCUGAGCCACAAACACCAGUCCAUACCAGUGGUUUUGUUGGUGGUGAUGUGGUAAGGCUGGGAUGUCCGACUCCCGCCAAGCUCAGUACUAUCAGCUGUAUGGUCGAUAACAACGGAGAGACUAGCAUUCCACUUCAACCGGACAAAACACCACCUAGUCGACUAAGAGAUUCUGCAAGCUCUGGCAAUGACGUUGAUGAUGAGCCCGAGUUGGGCCUUGCCUGUCUAGAAGCGGCUGUAAGUUUCGUUACUAUGCCCCCCUUUCAGACCAUAGUUUUAGCGUUCUCUCUACAUGUUUUUUUUCAAUUUUAA